UCUCACCUUGAGAGAGAAAAUGGCAACUUUCCAAUUCUUUCUCUCUCUAGUAGCUUCAAUGCUCUUCUUGUCAAUGGCUGCAAGGCACACUACAUUCAAAUCCAACGUGAACUCUCCGUCUCCAGUUCCUUUAAUUGUGUGUGAUCCUUCGAGGUAUAUGAGCAUGGGACUUGACAUGAACAAGUUUUCGUUCUGUAACACGAGCUUGUCUUAUUCAGUUAGAGCCAAGGAUUUGGUCGAGAGGAUGACUCUCGCAGAGAAGGUUUACCAGUUGGGGAACUCGGCAUCGGGGGUGGCGAGAUUGGGACUUCCGAAGUACGAAUGGUGGUCGGAGGCCCUUCAUGGUGUCUCCAAUGUAGGGCCUGGGACUCACUUUGAUGCUAAGAUCGUUCCAGGGGCUACUUGUUUCCCUAAUGUGAUCCUCACUGCUGCUGCCUUCAAUGAAACACUUUGGAAGACCAUCGGAGAGGUGGUUUCCACGGAGGCAAGAGCCAUGUUUAACCUAGGCCUUGCUGGUCUAACGUAUUGGAGCCCUAACAUUAAUGUGGUUAGGGACCCAAGGUGGGGCCGCGUGCUUGAGACCCCCGGUGAGGAUCCGUACACCGUUGGCCGUUACGCCACCAACUAUGUGAGGGGAUUGCAAGAUGUCGAAGGCACUGUUGAGGACUACGCCAACGAUUUGGCAUCGCGGCCGCUCAAGGUCGCCUCCUGCUGCAAGCACUAUGCAGCCUAUGAUAUCGAUAAUUGGCAGGGUGUUGACCGAUUCCACUUCGAUGCCAAGGUCACUGAGAGAGAUAUGGUAGAGACCUUUGUAAGACCCUUUGAAAUGUGCGUCAAGGAUGGUGAUGUUAGCAGCGUGAUGUGCUCUUACAAUAGUGUUAAUGGCAUCCCAGCCUGUGCAGACCCAAAACUAUUGGGUAACACCAUUAGAGGAGAUUGGAAGCUUAAUGGGUAUAUUGUUUCGGACUGCGAUUCGUUGGAGGUGAUGUAUCAUGGUCAUCAUUUUCUCAAUGACACUCAAGAGGACACUGUUGCCCAAACCAUGAGAGCUGGGCUAGACUUGGAUUGUGGAAGCUAUUAUCCAAAUUACACCCAUUCAGCUGUCCAACAAGGCAAGAUAGGUGAACCCGAUGUGGACAAGGCAUUGGUGAACUUGUACGUCGUGCUCAUGAGACUCGGUUUCUUUGAUGGGCAACCUGCUUACGCAAAACUAGGGAAGGAUGAUGUGUGCAGUGAGUCGAACAUUGAGCUUGCCGCCGAGGCAGCAAGAGAGGGCAUAGUGCUUUUGAAAAAUAGGGAUAAUACCCUUCCAUUGGAUGUGAAUAAACAAAAGAAGAUUGUGGUCAUAGGGAAUAAUGCUAAUGCAACUGACGUAAUGAGAGGAAACUAUGCAGGUAUUCCUUGUAGGUACGUGACCCCUAUCGAAGGCCUUUCAAAGUAUGCUACUGUUGAGUACCAUCCAGGGUGUAAAGACUCUCAUUGCACGGAUACUAGCUUGUUCGAAGACGCAGUUUGUGCAGCGAAAACUGCAGAUGCCACUAUUCUUGUCAUGGGCUUGGAUACACAAAUUGAAGCUGAGGGCCAUGAUAGGAAUGAUCUCCUUCUACCAGGUCAACAGACUGAGUUGAUUAAUAGGGUGAUGGCUGUUGCAGGGGGGCCUAAGAUUCUGGUUAUAAUGUCAGGCGGAGCUGUUGAUAUAAAUUUCGCCAAGAAUAAUUGGUUUGUCGGCGCCAUGCUUUGGGUUGGUUACCCUGGUGGUGAAGGAGGGAGAGCCAUUGCAGAUGUCAUCUAUGGAAAAUACAACCCUGGUGGCCGGCUCCCCCUCACAUGGUACUACAACGACUAUGUGAUGCAGAUCCCAAUGACAUCCAUGUCCUUCAGGCCCCUCCCUGAACAGGGCUAUGCUGGUAGAACCUACAAGUUUUUCACAGGCCAGACCGUCUACCCCUUUGGCUAUGGCAUGAGUUAUUCAUCCUUCAACUACACCCUCAAAUCCAUUCCCGAUGCUGUGGACCUCAGCUUAGGCCAGAACGAACUUUGCCAUAGAGUCAGCUACACAGAUGAUGCCCCUACAGGGCCUCCCUCUUGUGCCUCGGUCUUGGUUUCUGACUCGAGCUGCGAAAAACACCUCGAAUUUGAGGUGGCUGUGAACAAUUUGGGGCCUAGAGAUGGCAGUCAUGUGGUCUUGGUAUAUGAUGUGCUACCUGUGGGGCUCGAAGGUGCUCCGAUCAAACAAUUGGUUGCCUUCCAAAGAGUCCAUGUCCUGGCCGGGCGUAGUGAGACCGUAAAGUUUAAGCUUAACGUAUGCGAGAGCUUGUACGUGGUCGAUAGUUCGGCGUAUAAGUUGGUGCCCGCCGGUGAGCAUACGAUUUUGAUUGGGGAUGAGAUUCAGGGGGCUUCAUUCCCACUUACCGUGAAUUUUGGUUGAUUUUACAGUGAAUUGAUUGGGAGCGUAUGAAUUUAGGGUAAUUAGAAUCAUCGUUUUUAUUUUGUUUUAAGUCCUUCC